UCGUUGCUGUUUGAGGGGCCAAAACAAUUGGAUUUCACAAGCAUCACACAGAUCUCUCAAGAUUACUGUAAAAGAUAACAGAAAGAGAGGUAGACGACGAUGUUACUGAUGGAGUCCGCCAUGGCCGUUCGAUUUCCUGCUGGUGUGGAUUUCUGCUCCUCCACCGCUCUGCCCCAUUGUCGUUCUAUGUGGAGCUCCGACGAGAUUACUGGCGUCGCUGUCCCUUCUCGCCGUUCAUUUCACUCUGGAAGCUGUCACGUGCCAUGAGUCAAUGGCUUCAGUUAUUAAGAUAAUGGCAGGAGUAGAUUGCGAAGACUGAUGGGCAGUUCGGUCUUAAGAAAAAGCAGUUUGCUCUUAAGAAAGAGUAUUCGAGCUUCCACAGAGUAUUUGGGGUCAGCUCCAGAUCCUGCAAAGCAGAAUAGGAGGCAGAGCUAUCAUCCCUUUGAAGACAUUGCUGAGUCUACAUCAGAAAAUUGCCGAGAUGUCAGACUCACAGCUGCAGAGGCAACUAGGACGAUCAUUGAGGUAAAUAACAAAGCAUCUGUGAUGUUCACUGAUUUGAUCAAUGAUGAAAUUCAAGAAAAUGUUGUCUUGCCAGAGUUACCUUAUGUGAAAGAUGAACAUGGAAAUAUAUAUUUUCAAGUGAAAAAUGACGAGGACAACAUUUUGCAAACUCUUACAUCAGAAAAUAACUUUGUGCAAGUUAUUAUAGGCUUCGAUACUACAGAAAUGUUGCAAGAAUUAUCAGGUCCUUCGGAGAUUGAUUUUGGGAUUGAGGAAAUUGACGAUGACGAUAGUGAUGUUGAAGAUGAAGAUGAAGACGACGAUGACGAUGAUGAGGAGGAGGAUGAUGAGGAUGAAGAUGAUGAUGAUUGGGUGGCUGUUCUUCAAGAUGAAGACGAUGAAGAUGAUUCUGAUUCUGAUGAGACACUGGGAGACUGGGCAAAGUUGGAGACUAUGCGUUAUUCUCAUCCAAUGUCUUUUGCCAAAACAUUGGCUCAGGUUGCUUCGUAUGAGCCAAUAGAUUGGAUGGAGAAGCCCCCUGCUGGUCUGGCUAUCCAAGGCAUUAUAAGACCUGCCUUAAUUGAUGAACACUCUGACAUCCAGAAGCAUAUGUCUGGCAGUUACUCCCGCAAUCCUGACAUAAAUCAGGUUGUUGAUGAGAAACUAGAUGACUUUGGUGCAUUCAAUGGUGAGAAACAAGAAUCACAACCACUCAAAGAUGGUUCAAUCUGGUCUGAGGAAUCAAUGAAGGAUGAAAUUCCUCGAAAUGGAACUUCAUUUUACAAGCUGGAGAUGAUUAAACUUGAGCUGAUUUCAGUACAGGGACAUCAGACUGUUGAAGUAGACGACUUCAGGAAAGCUCAACCUGAUGCUAUUGCACAUUCUGCGGCCAAAAUUAUCUCUCGCCUGAAAGCUGGAGGAGAAAAGAUUACACAAGCCUUCAAAUCUCUCUGUUGGAGAUGUAAAGGCAUCCAGGUGGAGGAGGCUGCAAUUAUUGGUGUAGAUUCCCUUGGUUUCGAUUUGAGGGUUUGCUCAGGAACACAGAUCCAAACAUUGCGAUUUCCGUUUAGCACACGGGCAACAUCGGAGUAUGGUGCAGAGAGACAACUUAAUGAUUUACUAUUUCCAAGGAUCCACCACAAUCCACUAAAAAAGAAGCAGACUCUUCAAAAUGAAGUCUAAAUUAGCAUCUUGAAUUUGGUUUUUUCUAUGGUUUGUUGUACCAUUUGUCGAUGUAAUUUAGUAAAUUAAAGAAAAAGGUAGGGGGAAAAAGUCCAGGUGCAUAACCAUUUUAUGUCAGUAAUGAAUCCAUUCUUUCUAACAAAGGACUUUAUCAAUUUCGGUAUAUUCUUGCCUUUCUUUGUCAUUCAAUGCCAACUGAUUUGAAACUGGGGCAAAGAUAGCUACAAGUCAGCU